UUUUAUCCCCGUCGCACGGCGUGGGACUCGAUGCUCUCUUGGGUGGGCCGGCUGCGUUUUUGCUCGUUACGAGAUCGCAGCGGUCUCGAUCUUUCUUAGCGGUCGAAAGCGGUCUCGUGGGAGUCCUGUGCGCUUGCUGCUGAGUCGGUUAGCGUCUCAGCCAGCGAGCAAUGGAACCCAGCCCCUGAACUAGCGGCAUGUAACACACUAGGAUCGGGAUCGAGCUUUAAAUGCGCUCUCCGCAGGCUGUUGCGGCUGCCCCGUCUCGGGUCUGCCCAUAGUAGACACGCGGGAGACGCCCCUCCGCCUCGGGCAGCGCGUCGCGCGGCGGAUAGGCAGCUGUUAUUCGGCCCUGGCGUGAGAUCGGCUGCCCACCACCCGGCGCGUGCGAUCCGAGCGUCAAGCCCGAGAUGGCGCAUCGCAUCUGCGUCGGCACGGUCGUCGAGGCAGCGCCACAGGCGUUCGGCCCCGAACAUACGGCGCGGUACCGCGGGACGGUCGUCGCGCCCGGGACCGUACACGAGCUGCCGAGUGGUUGCCCUCGACCAGGUUAUGAUGAGCGUGUCUGGCGCGUCCGCUACGAAGACGACGGCAAAGUCUGGGCGACGCCCGAGCGCUUCCUCCGCGUCGUCGCGCCCCCUCCGCCUCCAGCGCCGGCUGCCGCGCCGGAAGAACCACGCGACCCAGCCUGGUACGUCAGGGCACAGCACGUCUCCGAGCGGCUGAAGACGGUCCGGAGCGUCGCCCGGCUCCUGCAGAGCCGGAGGCCCGGAGACGCGGACUGGCAGCGCAAAGUGCCGAAGCUAGCGCAGCGCCUCGAGGAGGAGCUCCUCCGGUCGGCGCGCUCGUUCGACGAAUACGGCGACGAGCGGACGCUGAAGCCAGGGUUGCAGGCGCUGGCCGCGGCGAUGGGCCGGCGCGCGCAGCAAGAGCGACGCGAAGCGGACGUCUUCGCCGAGGUAACGGCGCCGCCGGCAGACGCGGCGACGGGGCAUCCGCUCGCGGCGCUCGGCGAGGCGAUGGUCGGCGCCGUCAUGACCGCGACGAGCUUCGAGGCGCGCGCCGGCUGCGUCGCCGCGCCCGCGCGCCCGUUCGCCGCCUACGCCUUCCGCGAGGGCCUCCGCGCGAGCGGGAGGAUGGCUCAUUUCACGCGCAUCCUGGCCGGUGCCGGUACGGAUGACGCGGCGAUGCGGCGCCGCGUCACGCGUUUGCUAUGCGACGACCUGGACACCCUCGAGGACUUCCAUCACUUGACUCGGCGCGAGCCGCCGUCCUUGUCGCGGGAAGGAGCGCCCAUCGCUUGGGUCGAUCCGGCGACGGGAACGGAGCUCGCGGCCUACAGCGAUUGCGCGGCCGCCGCCCGCGAGUGGGGCCUCCCCGAGCCAUGGGUCGAGGACGGCGUCUGCGGCCGCACGACCCACGCCAAUGGUCUCAAGUUCGAUUACCGCGGCUUGCCGCCGCCGAGGUCUUCGGGUGUGCGUGAUGGCGUCUACCGGCUCCCAAACGGGCGCUUCCGCGUGCAGCUCGGAGACGACUUUCUCGGGAACUACGCCUCGGAAGGUGCAGCCGCGCUCGUGGCCACCCGGGUCUAUCGGCCCGGCUUGGACGUGCCGGCAAAAGGGGGCUGCGGCAAGGUGUGCGAGGUCCGUCGGUCCGGUGGUGCGUGGGAACGGUUUGCGUCGCAGAGCCUUGCCGUCCGCGCGUUCCCCGGACUGACAGAAAAUACUCUCUCGGCUCUCCUUAACCAUCCGUCCGAGUGCCCGCCCGCCGUCCGCGCGCGCUUCGAGGCGCGCCGCGUCGUUGCUGAGAACGUUUACGUGUCCUACCGCCCGCGACAGAAGCCGUGUCCAGAAUGUGGCGAGCCCGUCGGCUGCAGGGCGAAUGAGUGUCCUGGCUGCGGCUACGAUUUCAAGGCCGCACAAGAGGCGCCGGCGCCGGUCUCGUUGACGCGGCGCGGGGCCGCGACACUUGGCGUGCGCAUAAAGCUGGGAGGCCGGGUCGCCCCGGGCAAGUUAGUGGCCUCGGUGCGCGCCGAGCCGGCACAACGUCGAGUGCUCCGCGCGGUACCACGCGCCGCUCGCCGCGACGACGAGGCCGACAGCAACGCCGCGGCAGCGACGCGCAGCGCGCUGCUGGCAGCGACCGUCGAGCUCAUAAAAGGCCAAGAGUCUGCCUUCUUCCGGGAGCCCGUCGACACGCUUUACGUGCCGGACUAUCUCGACGUCGUAGCAGAGCCCAUGGACCUCUCGACGCUCCGGACCGACAUCACGAGCCGCAGGGUCACGAGCGUCGCCCAGCUAGCCGACAGGCUCGAUCUCAUCGUGGCGAACGCGACGAGGUACAACCCUCCCGGCCACGCAGUGCACGAGGCGGCCAAGGCGUUCGCGCGGAACGCUGCGAUCGCCGUCGACGCUGCGCGAGGGCGCGUCCUGGUCAAACCGUCCUGCUCAAACGUGCCGCGGAUCCGCUGCGCGCGCUGUCGGAAGAUCAGGGCGCUGCCCUCCGGCCGGAGUGCCUCUCGGUCGACGACAUGUGCCGACAUCGGCCUGACCUGUAGGGUGCGCGAGUGCUCGACCCUCGAGGCCGACUGCCCCUGCCGCGCGUCGAGGCGGCUCGGCGAUGGUUCCCGCGCGGUCGAGCGGGCGAGUGGUAGAAACAAGGUACACAAGUACUUUUGUACCGCGCGCACGGCGGCGCAGUGCUACCGCGUGGACGACGACGCGCCGGCCGGAGAGACGCACGAGUCGCGCAUCAACAACGCAUGUCGCACGGGCGAGCCCUACCUCGGCGCAACCUGGGCAUUCGCGCGCGAGGACUGCGCCCUGUGCGCGUCGGGCGCGGAUCCGGGUUCGAUCCUGCUUUGUGACGGCGACGGCUGCACCGUCGAGGCGCACUACUACUGCGCCGGCUUGGGCGCGGUGCCGAGCGGGCACUGGUUCUGCUCGAAGAAGUGCCGAGCCUCGGUCCCAGGCGAGAGCGGCAUGGCGCCAGAGGUGGAGGAGUACAGCGAGCCCCAGGCCCAGGCCGACAAUGUGACGACGACGGACGCGCUCCUUGGGCGGUUGUUCCGCUGCUCGCGCUGCGACGCGCGCAAACCCAUCGACGCGUUCGUCAACCGGCGGACGAGCACGGUCGGCCGCGACUGCUUCGCCUGCGUCUCGCAGGAGGCCGCGACCGGCGACGAGGCCGAGGCGGCACCAGCGCCGGCACCAGCGCCGGCACCAGCGCCGGCACCAGCGCCGGCGCCCGCUGCGGCAUCCGCCGCCGCCGCGCCACCGAAGGCGCCACCGCCGAAGCGUAAGCGGACUGCGUUUCGCGCCUCGACGCGCGCGCCUACGGCAAAAUCCGCCGCGGGUGGCUUGGCUGGCGCGGGCUGGAGUCCUUCCACAUCCGAAAGAUGGGGCGUCCGCUGCGACUACGACGCGCUCGUCACGCGCAUGACCCGGGAUCAGUGGGACACGACGGAGAGGAGGCGCGACGAUGGCAAGGGGUCCAUCGACCGGAGCUACACGCGCGCGGGCGACACGAAGGUGUACCGAAGCCUGCUCGCAGUCGCGCGGGCGCACUAUCCCGAGCUGCUGACCGAGACCGGUGCGCCGGCGCCGGCGCCGGCCCCCGCCGCCGCGUCCGGGCGGCGCCCGAGCACCGACAGCUCCGACGACGACGAGUCCCUGCAUGCGAAGGAGCCGGCGCCCGCGUCGGCGCGCUACGCCGUCGGCGACGCCGUGGAGGCGCGCUGGAAGGCAGGUCUCGAUUACUACCCGGCGAUCGUGAUCGGCGUGAGGGCGGUACGCGGCUUUGGGGUCGUGGAUCUGCAGUACAGCGACGGGUCGAACGACAAGGAGUGGGGCGUCGUCGAGGCGCUGGUUCGCCCUCUGAAGAAGCGGCGCGCUGCGGUGGCCGAGCGGGUGGGCUCGGCCGCUCCGGCGGCCGAAGGGUCGGCGUCGGGGCCGGCCGACACCGCGGAAGCGCGGGCGUCGGCGCCUAGCGGGACGAGACUCGCCUGCGAGGUCCGCGAGGUUGGAGAUGAAAAGUGGCGGCGCUUCGAUUCCCGGGCGGCCGCGGAUGGUGUGUUUCCCGGCCUGUCUAGUCAGAAUAUUGGACGGCUCAUCAACAAAACCCCGACAGAUCCGGCUCCGCACCUUAUCCGCGAGCGAUACGAGGCGCGAAACGCCGUCGAUGGUGACGACGGCGAAGACGACGCGCCGACGACUGCGCCCCGCUCGAACGGCGAACUAGCGUGUGAGGUCCGCCGCGUCGGCGACAAGGAGUGGCGGCGCUUCGCUUCGCGGGCGGACGCGGCGAGGGCAUUCACCGGGCUGAAAGCGUAUUAUAUCUCUUGGCUCAUCGACAAGAAUUUUCUGGCCCCUCAACACAUCCGCGACAAGUACGAGGCGCGAAAUGUAGGCGAUGGGUCGUCGGGCGACGAUGACGCGGCCCCGGCCCGCAAGAGGCCGAGGCUUGGACUCGUAGAGGUCCGACGCACCGGCGAAAAAAGUUGGCGGCGGUUCGCGACUCGGGACGACGCCGCCGCCGCGUUUGCGGAACUUCGCGACCGCAAGGACAUCUCCGAUCUCGUGUCGCGUCCGUCGAAAGCGCGCUUAGUCAUCCGCGGCAAGUUCGAGGCGAGGAACGUUGUCGACGAGGCUGAUGGCGAAGAGGACAGCAAAGCGGAGGAGGAACGCCCCGCCGCGACGGCGCCGUGCGGGCCGGCCCUGAUCGGCCGCAAGGUUCGCAUCUGGUGGCCCCACGACCGCGAGUGGUUCACGGGGACGGUGAACGCGUUCGACGGCCGGCGCCACGAGGUCACCUACGACGACGGGUCUCUCUGGGAUGAGGAUCUUGAGACGCCCGGCGAGCGGAAGUGGGAGCUCGUCGGUGGCGACGCCGCCGACGCCGCCGCCGCCGCCUCGGACGCGCUGCCCGAGGAGGAGCCGUGCUGCGCCAUCUGCCUCGAGCCCCUCGACUCUGACGCGCCGAGCCUCGAGGCGUGCGGCCACCGCCUCCACGCCGACUGCCUCUUCGGCGCCGGCCAGCUCGUGAGCCACGCCUGGGCCGACAACGCGCCCUCCACAAGAAGGGGCCAGCGCGUCGAGUGCCCGACGUGCCGCCAGGCGUCGUGGGUGCCCCAGGAGGCCAUUGAAGGAUACCGUGUGCGUGAGUGUAAAGAUACGUGAAUAA